AUGGCAGAAAAAACAAUGUGUAUGUCCACACAAACUCCUGAUGAGGAAGACACACAAAAAGAAGAAAAUAUACGUUGCUUAAAUCUGCUUGGGCAUUUUGGUUUUGAUUGUUUGCCACAUCAGUUGGUGAACAGAUCCAUUCAACAAGGAUUCUCUUUUAAUAUUCUCUGUGUGGGGGAAACUGGAAUUGGAAAAUCAACACUGAUUGACACAUUGUUUAAUACUAAUUUUAAAGACAACAAAUCCUCACAUUUCAAUUCAAAUGUUGGACUUAAAAUUCAGACAUAUGAACUCCUGGAAAGCAACAUUCAAUUGAAAUUGACUGUUGUGAAAACAGUGGGAUAUGGUGAUCAACUAAACAAAGAAGCCAGCUACCGACCCAUAGUUGACUACAUAGAUGCUCAGUUUGAGGCCUAUCUCCAAGAAGAACUGAAGAUUAAACGUUCUUUCUUUGAGUACUAUGAUUCUCGCAUCCAUGUGUGCCUCUACUUCAUUUCACCCACAGGACACUCCCUGAAGUCACUUGAUCUAUUAACCUUGAAGAGCAUUGACAGUAAGGUCAACAUUAUACCACUGAUUGCCAAGGCAGAUACAGUUUCUAAAAAUGAUUUGCAGACUUUUAAGAAUAAAAUAAUGAAUGAAUUGAUCAGCAAUGGCAUCCAAAUAUACCAGUUCCCAACUGAUGAUGAAACUACUGCUCAGGUGAACUCCUCAAUGAAUGGGCUUUUACCUUUUGCUGUGGUAGGGAGUAUGGAUGAAGUAAAAGUUGGAAAAAGGAUGGUCAGAGGCCGCCAGUACCCUUGGGGAGUUUUACAAGUGGAAAAUGAAAAUCACUGUGACUUUGUUAAGCUCCGGGACAUGCUUCUUUGUACAAAUAUGGAAGACUUGAAAGAACAGACCCACACUCUACACUAUGAACAUUACAGGUGCUAUAAACUGCAUAAAAUGGGCUUCACAGAUGUGGGUCCAGACAACCAGCCUGUCAGUUUUCAAGAGAUUUAUGAAGCCAAAAGACAAGAGUUCUUUGAUCAAUGCCAGAAGGAGGAAGAAGAGUUGAAACAGAGGUUUAUGCAGCGAGUAAAGGAGAAAGAAACUGCAUUUAAAGAAGCUGAAAAAGAGCUACAGGACAAGUUUGAGCACCUUAAAAGAGUCCAACAAGAGGAGAUAGUGAAGCUUGAAGAAGAGAGAAGACAAUUAGAAGAAGAGAUCAUAGAUUUUUAUAAAAUGAAGACUGCCUCUGAAAUGCUGCCAGCAUCAGUGUACAUGACCACAAAGAAGGACAAAGAUCGUAAGAAAUAG